GAUCUGUGGAGGCUAGUCUCCCCUUGUUAGUAGUCUGUAUUGUCGAUACGCAACACGCCAGUCCUUUCCUACGUCUGGAUUUCCCCACCCAGCGCUCACCGGCCCAAGCACUAACAAGCGGCGAGGGAAGCGGGAUCGGACACUGGACGAGAUGGGCGCCACUUUUUCGUCGCUCUUCUCGUCGCUGGCCUUUUGGUCGCGCAACAAAGAGGUGCGGAUCCUCAUGCUCGGCCUGGACAGCGCAGGCAAGACGACGAUCCUCUACAAGCUCCAACUCGGCGAUGUCGUGUCGACGAUUCCGACCAUUGGCUUCAACGUAGAGUCGCUAAGCUACAAAAACAUAAAGUUCCAGGUGUGGGAUCUGGGCGGCCAGUCUUCGAUCAGACCGUAUUGGCGGUGUUACUACGCCGAUACAAGCGCCAUCAUCUAUGUCGUCGACUCUGCAGACAAGGAGCGACUCUCGACUUCGCGGACGGAGCUCCUGUCGAUGCUGUCAGAAGAGGAGCUGGCCAAUGCCAAGCUGCUCGUCCUAGCCAACAAGCAGGACCUGCCCGGCGCCGCAUCAGCGGCUGAAGUGAGCGAAAGACUCGGACUGGACAAGCUCAAGGAUCGGAGCUGGAGCAUACAGGCCUGCACGGCCACCGAGGGAAAGGGCCUCGAGGAAGGCCUCGAUUGGCUCGUCACGGCCAUGCAGGCGCCAAAGUGAAUGCACCAGCAAGAUGUACCCGCUUCGACUCGAACUCUGUACUCUAGGACACUACUACCGCCAUAUCAUAUUCCGGUCUCUUUCAAC